AUGGGUCGUUUAUUCAUUGAAGUUCUCCAAGAAGCUACUUCAGACCUCAUAUGCUGCAGCAAAUGCAGCACAGUUGUGAGCGAGCGGAACGAGCUGUUCAAAGGAGGCGGUCCGCAGUACUCGCAAGCUUCCUUUCUUCUCAACAAGACUGUGAAUCUUCGUCAGAGUAAUGUUUUCAGUACUUGCAAGUCUUACAAAUCAGCAGUCACAUGCCUGAUGCCGGUGGAAAUGUUUCAACUUUUCAUCAUUCUUUUGGCCCUUUCAACAUGGCAAAAUGUCGUCGCUCCCGAAGUUCCGUUAAUGGCUGAGAAAAGGCAGGCUUCGUCAGCGAACUCAACCGCCGUCAAUAAGACCAAGGUAGAAGUCUUGGAUACCUUCAAGAAGCACGGUACCAGUGUAGUGGACAUUUUACAUGAUGAAAUCUUCGGGAAGGACGGGAAUAAAUCAAUAGAGUUGUUGAAUUCCGCAAGUGGCCAUUCUGUCGGGGGCAGUGUUGAAAAAGGCGAAAUUCCGUACCAAGUUGGUCUCGGCUUGAGGGAUGGAGAAAAAUUCAUCUUGUGCUGUGGGGGUUCCAACUUUCAAGUCGGUGAUGUGUCCUUAGUGUUGCUCGAUGGGAUGGUCGAUUUCAACGAGUACGCUCAACCUAUCAAUCUACCUUUGCGGGAGAUGACAGAACCUGUGCCAGGUAACGCGAUUGUGUCUGGUUGGGGCCAAACAACCCCGGGAGGAUCACUCGCGAAAUUCCUUCGUAAAGCAGAGCUUCCUGUGGUUGAAACGAAAAAAUGCAAGCAACUGUAUUCCGCCACAUUCCAUCCGUUGGUGGAUGCACACUUAUGCGCUGGGUUUCUCGAUGGCGGCGGAGUGGAUGCCUGUCACGGGGAUUCGGGUGGCCCUUUGGUGUGCAAAGAAUCUGCGCAGUUCACCGUGAAAGUCCGCCUCGAUGAUGGAUGGGUGAAGGAAGAGCACGAACGACCUUAUCUUUGCGGAGUGGUGAAUUUUGGUAAGUUCUGCGCCGACCCGAAGUAUCCGGGAGUCUACGCCAAGGUUUCUCACUACAUCGGAUGGAUUCAGGAUACCAUGAGAUAUGCCACGGAGAAUUUGAAGAACGAGCAAAUUGAGAUUGAUAAACUGCAGGUAAACAAGAACUCGUCCAUCGUUCAAGAAGAAGAUGGAAGCGCUAUCCCAAACAUCAAAUAUACCUUUGUGGGAAUGGUUCACAACGGCAACACGCUGCCGAGAGGAUCAACCGAUAAGCCGUGUCUCGCAGUUUUAUUGAGCAGUAAUCUAGCAAUCACUGCCUCAGGAUGCGUGCCACAGACGCCGGAAGAAAAGUGGAAGGAUUCCUCGGUCAAGAUCGUGUUUGGAGAUCAGAAAGCUGGUUCGAGAACGACUCAACAAGCGAUGGAUAUCUUGUAUCAGUUUGCGUUUAAGCCUGAAACGUUUCUGGAUCAACUCAAUGCUCCUAUAGAGACGAAGAGAGUUGCUUCAAGAGCCAUUACGCCGCCUGGGGACGCCGUUGUGCUUCAGUUCACGAACAGCGUCAGCUUUUCAGACGCCGCUUACCCCGUGAACUUUCCGCGCUCCACCAACUUCAUUGGGUUGUGGGCCGAGGUGGUCGGAAAGUCGACACUGGAUUCAGACAGAGUAGCGAUGGCGAGAGCGGAAAUCGUGCCUUUGGCCAAAUGCGGUUACGACACCACCAUGGGCAUGAGUGACGACGUGAUCUGCGCCAAAAUCGUCAACGGACUCCCGUGCACGGAGUUUAAUUUGGGCAGCGGGCUCAUCUGUCGCGGCAAGAACGGUGGCAAUUUCCUCUGCGGAAUAGUGACCCGUAAACCCGGCGAAAAUCCAAUCAUCAAUCGACACCCGUCAAACUUGAUUCAGCGAUCCCACGGAAUUGCUGGCAGCAGCAACAACAAUUAUGCCCCGUCAAAAGAUUUCUCCCCGAACCAGAAAUACCAUGUCAAGCCGAAAAACGCCAGCGAAGUGAAUGGUGCUGCUGCUUCGGAUAACGAGGAUGAAAUGAGCCGCGAGGCGAACAAUAUGACGGAAUCCGAACGGAUGACUCCACGAAAGCACAAGAUAAAGCCCAGGAACCCCGACUCUUUCUGUUUGUUUAAAAAGUUUUGGAUACCGGGUUCUCAUCCGUCGCUUAAAGAUUGGCACGUUAUGACUUACUUUAGAGCGUUGCUCUUCACUCAUAUCAUAUCUGCGAUUUUCACGGUCGGAUUGGGAGGACGGGGUGACCGAAUCCGAGUGCCUUCGUUUGGCAGGAAGGAUGUCGCCGUUUUCUCUGUGCCCGGCGAAGAAGCAAAGAAAGGUGAUGUUCCGUAUCAGGUGGAAAUUGGCUUGGAGAGAAAAAACGGAUCCAUGAAACACGUGUGUGCCGCUGCGUUGAUUUCGAGAACCUGGGUUCUCGGAGCUGCUCAUUGUUUCGAUCCUCCGUGGAAUGUCGAGGAAAACGUUGGGAAGUUGACGGCGGUGGCUGGGGAAUGGGAUCUAGCUGAACCGCAUCCAGAGGAACAGAGGCUCAGGAUACUUGCUGUUGUUUUACAUCAGAGUUAUAGCAGAACGACUCGACAAAACGACAUCGCCUUGGUUCUCCUGGACAACGUAGUGAAGUUCAACGAAUUCGUGUGGCCGGUCAAUUUACCGUCCAGUGCUAAUGUGAAUCCCUCCGCAGGAGGAGCCAUUUCUUCCGGCUGGGGAAGUGCAGCUAAGAAUGGUUCUCGAACGAGGUAUUUGAAAAAUGCCCGAGUCCCCAUUGUACCGACUGCAGUUUGCCAGAGCCCGGUCGUGAAAAUAACGGAGAACCAGAUUUGUGGCGGAUAUAUGAGAAUAGGACGAGCUGACGCUUGCGAGGACGAUGCUGGGGGUCCGUUGGUUUGCGAAGAGCCGUUGGUUCGGUUUGUCUCCGGUGGCAACAGUUCAAAGAAGUUGCUGUGCCAAUACUUAUGCGGGAUUGAAUCGGAAGCUGGCGCAUGUGGUGAAGCUAACGCCCCCGGGAUUUAUACCAAGGUAUCCAAUUAUUUGAAUUGGAUGAAGAAAACUUUGAAAAGCUUCAUCCGUUCUGAAGAAAAUCCUAUUUUUUAUCCGUUCUUGGCCAUCCCGUCUCUUGUGGGUCAUGGAGUCUCUGAGCCACCCGUGACAGUCAGCUGCGCAGGGGUUAUUCUUUCGGACACUUUAGUGCUCACAUUGAGGGAAUGCAUGGAGAAAUUUGCCCAGGGCACCCAGCACCUGAAAGUCUCGUACAAAGUGGAGGCAAGGUCAAGUUUGCGCUGGCACGCGGUAGACGUGGUGGAUUGGUUUGACUUUCAUCCAAGUUCAUUCCUCCAUUCCCCUGUCAAAUACAACUACUUGGUGCGGGGAGAAGCCCACAUGGCGAGGAAAAGGAGCGUUGUGCUGAGACUGUCACAACCGAUCAUGUUUUCUUCGGAAGCUUACCCCGUAAAUUAUCCGGAAACAAAAAAUUUCACUGGCAUGUUUGCAACCAUGGUCGCCGUCAAGGGAACUUUAGAUAACGGAAAAAUAAUGACGGGGGUUUUGGAAAUCAUGGAAAUUUCCAAGUGCUCCAUGUUUGAUCUUCCUGCUUGGGGACUUGACAGAAACGAAGUUCUAUGUGCAAAGCACAUGUACGGUACUCAGUUGCUGAAUUUCCCGCCGGGAAGCCCGGUCAUGUGUGACCUGAGCAGAUCCCGUCUGCAAGCAAAUCGAGAUUACCCGAUGUCCUUCCUCUGUGGCAUAUCUGUGAUAUCGAAGGAAACGGACCUGCCGGAUGAUGUCGACCAGAACACUACAUCUUUGUGGGCCAAUUCCUCGUACGCGGUUUUCAAGAAAUUCUACGUUCAAGGAAUGACAGAUGAAGGGAGUCAAUUGUCACUGGUGACGUUGGCGAAAAUCGGGAACCCGUUUCUUGGUUAAUGCUGCGUGUGCCCUUUAAGUAAUGGAGAAUGAGGGAUUUGAAAUCGUCAUGACGUCGAAAUCAACUUUUGGGCUUUCAUGCAGGUGCAAUUAGUCUAACAAUAAAGGUGUAAAAAUUUUUCCACAAAAUCUUUUCAUUAAACAGACCAACGCGCUCCGACAGCUUUAGGCAUUUUUAUCACAAAUCAAAUUGUGACUCAUACAGGACAAAAACAUGUCCUACAUGACGCUCGAAACCACUAAUACAGUACCAACAAUUGCACGUUUACCGUUCAACAACGAACAUCAAUUUACUGAUCUUUCUAAUUUCUUCAAUCCCAAUGCGAUUAAGAGUGCUUCCGGGGAAGGAUCUCGGCCGCGGAAUCUUCUGAAAACUUCACUAGGAUGACACGAUCCACCCAGCGCUAGAAACGAUUCCCGAAAUCUGAAAAGUAAAAUUCAAUUAUCAAACAAUUUCAGUUUAGAAAACUCAUCAUUUAUAUUGAUCAGGAAAUAGUUCCCUUUAAAACAUGAUGUAUCUCCAGUUUUCCCAAAAUGCCUGAGAGCCCAAUCACUAAAAUUUAGGUGAAAAGUGAAAUUUACCAAUAUCUAAUUACUUUGCAGCAAACUUCAGAAGAAUGAACUGUAUCAAAUGUCAUUGUAUCUUGUGCUUCCGAAAAAAUAAAAAUAUCUGAAGUGAACA